AUAAUAACUCAUACGCCAAGCUGUAGAGCCACGUUGGAAGGGUUGAUGACUGAAUUGUAAACUUUGUAGUGACAGUAGUGAAACAUUGUUUAUAAGCCCCAAAGAAAAUGAAGAUAAAGGAGUUAGACCGCACAGUAAACAUAUCAUGGUCACCGGCAACGCAUCAUCCAAUACUGUUGGCUGCCGGGACGGCAGCACAGCAGUUAGAUGCGUCUUUCAGUACGUCUGCUGCAAUGGAAAUUUAUUCACUAAAUUUAGGGGAGCCCGGCCUGGAUAUGGAGUUACGAGCAUCAGCACCAAGCGAUUACAGAUUUCACAAAAUUACCUGGAGCUCAUGCGGUGUGGGACCAGACAGAGAAACUGGUGUCAUUGUUGGUGGUUGUGAUGGAGGGCGUCUACAGCUCUACAGUGCUUCCAAAUUAUUAUCCGGAGAAGAUGGACUCAUUGUUUCUCAGGAAAAGCAUACUGGACCUGUGAGGGCAUUAGAUUUCAACCCGUACCAGGGAAAUCUUUUGGCCACAGGAGCAGCAGAAUCUGAGAUAUAUGUGUGGGAUCUCAAUAACAUGGGAACACCUAUGAGUCCUGGAGCAAAGGCACAACCAGCAGAUGAUGUUGUGUGGAUUUCAUGGAACAGACAAGUGCAGCACAUAUUGGCAUCUACGUUCACUCAGCGGUGUGUCGUCUGGGAUUUGCGCAAAAAUGAACCCAUUAUUAAACUUAGUGACACAACUUCUCGUGUCAGGUGGAAAGUUGUAGCCUGGCAUCCUGAUGUUGCUACACAAAUGUGUCUGGCUUCUGAAGAUGACCAGACUCCAGUCAUACAGCUGUGGGAUCUUCGAUUUGCUACUUCACCUUUAAAGGUCAUGCAGAAUCAUCAGAGAGGAGUGUUGUCAAUUGCGUGGUGUGCUCAGGACCCUGAUCUGCUUGUUAGCUGUGGCAAAGACAAUCGCAUAUUAUGCUGGAAUCCAAACAGCACCCUUCCAAGUGGUGAGGUAGUGUGUGACAUAGCAACAACAAACCAGUGGCACUUUGAUGUUUCAUGGUGCCCGAGGAAUCCAGCACUAAUUGCAAGCUCUAGUUUUGAUGGACAUGUAAGUGUGUACUCACUCACUGGAGGUACACAGCAAGCGCAAACCAGCACCAAGAUAGCAGACUCAUUUCCAGGGAUGGACACAUAUGUUCAGGCACCAGUGCCAUCUCAGCAGCAAGUCACUGUUGACUUACGAAAACCGCCAAAAUGGCUGAGAAGACCUGUGGGUGCUUCUUUUGGGUUUGGAGGUAAAUUGGUCACAUUUGCAAAUGAAGCUCUUCCAGCCCAGCAGCAACAGCAGCAGCCAGUGCAACAGUCACGUGUUGUGCACUUGUGCCGGGUGGUGACAGAGCCAGAGAUUGUAGCUCGUUCCAACCAGUUGGAGGCUGCUCUGCAGUAUGGGCAAUUUGUGGACUACUGUAGGACCAAAGUGGCCAGCAGCAGCACGGCACAUGAGAGGGCUGUGUGGAGCUUCCUUCGGGCUAGUUUUGAGAGCAACCCAAGGGCCGAGUUUCUCGACUUACUCGGUUUCAGGCCGGAUGAACUUAAUGUUAAGCUUAGCAAAUUUGGAAAACCUGCUAAUGCAAGAUCCAGCCCAAUGCUUGAUGGCUUGAAUGACAGGAUGGCAGCUCUUGGACGAGAAAAUGGUACUCUACCUGAUGCUGAGGGAUUGGAGGAAACUCGAGCAAAUGGUUUGCCUCCAGAUGGUGAUGCUGCUGCUGCAGCCUUUGAUGCUAUCGCUGCAGCUGCCUCAAAUACUGCCAGCAGGCCUACACCACCGGCUUCACCAUUCAAGAUAUCAGUUGGUGAUGACAUAAAUGGAUUGAUUUCUCAAGCACUGUUGAUUGGCAAUAUAGAAGCUGCUGUUGACUUGUGUCUUGAAGAUGGACGAAUGGCUGAUGCUAUUAUUCUUGCCAUGACAGGAGGAAGUGAUUUGCUGGCACGGACACAGUACAAAUACUUCCAGCAGUCAAAAGGCCCACUAUCAUCACUCAUUUCAGCUGUUGUUACUGAAGAUUGGACACAAGUAAUGCAGUCAUGUCAAAUUGAAAGCUGGAGAGAGGCUCUUGCUGCAGCUUUGACAUACUCGAAGAAUGAAGAACUGCAAGUCCUUUGUGAACUGCUUGGUAGCCGAAUUGAAGCUGAGGGAAAAGGUUCGCAGCAGCUGAAUGCACAGCUAUGUUAUAUUUGUGCUGGGAACCUGAAUAAGUUGAUAGAUAACUGGAAUUCUACAGAGAAGCCAACCUCUCUCAAUAAGUUACAGGACUUCGUGGAACUUGUAAUGAUCUUACAAAAAGCUGCAGAAAUUCAAGGACACCCUGUGACAAUAAGUGGGUCACUAGCAGAAUUUCUCUCGCGCUAUGCAGCAAUUUUAGCUUCACAGGGGAAUAUGGUGGAUGCUCUUACAUAUCUUGGCAAUGCACAGGAUGAGCAAGUUGCAGCUCUUAGGGACAGGAUUGAGAAGGCCUUAGGAUACAAGCCUGUGUAUGCGCAGCCAUCUGCACAGCCAACCACCAGGACAACAAGAGGUUCAGUGUCGAGGUCUUCAGCCGGGUUUUACCCUGGUCAGUUACAACAACAACAACAACAGCAUCAGCAACAACUUGGCAGCGCACCUUCAUAUCUGGGAACCCCUGUUCAGCAGAUGCCCCAGCAGUCCUAUAACAGCCCUCAGGCCCAGGCAUAUACACCCACUGCUCCUGUACCUCCUGUUCGAUCUUUCACUCCAACUGUGCAACAGCAGCAGCAGCAGCAACUUGUUCCACCAAUACAAUCCUCUUAUCUGCCUGGACAACACCAGUCACCUUCUGCAACUUCACCAUACAACACUGCAGGGCCAGUGAUGACACAGCAGCAUUAUGGGCCUCCAAAAACAUUCUCACCAGCUCCACCCGUUGCUCCUGUUCCACCUGUGCCUGUUCAGCAGUCACCACCAGUGGCAGCUGUUCAAGGUUCAGUUAGAUCAUACCCUUCAGCUGAUCCCAGUUUUUGCCAGAAGCUUUCGGAAUCGCCUCAUAUGGCUGAUAGGGUCAACAGCUGUGCAAGGUGGAGUAGCAAUACUGGUGCUGGAACAGGACCAAGAAAUAAGCCUUAUGUCAUUGAUCCAUCUGUACAGUCUGGCAACCAUGUGUCAUCAUAUGGGAUGCCAGCACCAUAUGGAGGUGGACAACAGGUUUAUCCAGGGUCACCUGCUGCUCCUCUCACCACACAGCCGGUUGCCUCCUAUCCUCAGGCAGAUGUCUACAAUCCUCAAGAGCCACCAGCUUCAAAGACAGUAUUUAAUCCAGUUCAGCCAAUCCCUGUCCCUCCAGGCGGUGCUCCACCAGGGUGGAAUGACCCACCUGUACUGAAAAACUUUGCAAAAAACCAGCAAGCUUACUUUGAGGCUGUUCCGCCAAAGCCAGAAUAUGCUCCUCAGAACCCAAUAACUCACCCACUUUAUGGGAGUGCGCAACCAGACCCUCCAGCAGCAAACUUCCAAAAUGCAGCGGUGAAUGGUGUAUAUGGAAAUAUGGGUCAGCAACAGCCGUAUGUACCAUAUAAUGCACCACCUCAUGCGCAGCAGCAGCAGCAACAACAACAACUACCAGCUGCAGGCCCUGUGGUCACUGCAAAAGCCGUGGAGCCUCCAAAACCAAAGGGACCAAUACCGGAAGAGCACAUGUAUCUGCAGACAGUUUUUGAUGAACUGAGGAAUAGAUGCUACAAUACCGCCACGAAUCCACAAACCAAAAGGAAACUAGAGGAAGUUGCACGGAAACUGGAAGUCCUGUAUGAUUGUUUAAGGGAACAUAAGCUCUCUCCCACAACUUUAACGGACUUACACCAGAUGGUACAAAUGACACAGAUUGGUGAUUACACUGGUGGCCUGGGACUCCAUACAAAACUGGUUUCAGGACCAGACUUCUCACAGAUUGCUGGUUUCAUGCCUGGAUUGAAAGUUUUGCUUCAGUCAGCAUUGCAACUGAAUGUGUACUUGCAGUAACAACUGAAUGUGUACUUGCAGUAAUCUUAAAAUCAAACAACAGAAUUAAAUGAACUGUAGUAAAGCUACAAAGCCAUUAUUUUUCUCCACAUGUGUCUAUCUGCAUGUGUAUGCAAAAGUAGGGGAAUGAAAUGGUACAUGUGUGAAACUGAAGGGAGUUAAUGCCACAUGAAGUGGGGCUAAGGGCAGCAGACUUUUAGGCCAUUUUCAAUUGUAAUAGGUGUUAAGGAAAAGAAAAGAUUUUUUUGUGACUACCAUCAGUUUGUAAAUAUGUGUUACAUUUUAAUGGUGCUGCAAAAUAUUUUGUAUAUUGAUGAAAAUGAAAUCAUGUUUACUUCACUUCACCAAUUCAUUUAGAUUUAUAUUUAUUUCCAUUAGUCUGUGAAUUUUUUUGAAUCUGUAAGACAAAUCAAAGUUACACCAAAUGCAUUCUUGUCACAAAAUUAAGCUGGGUUUAAUUUUGACACUUGUAUUCUUUAGAAUUUUAUUUUAACUUUGUGUAAAAGCUAGUAAAUUGUUUUUUCCACGAAACACAGAGAUGUAAUAUUGCCUCUUUCAUUGUUAGAGGUUUGUGGGUGAGAGACACCAUUAAACACUGUACAUGCUUUCUUGGUAUAUGGAAAUGGUGGAAGACUGUUUCUUCAUACCAGUAGAUCUGUAUACAAUGUGUAUCAUACAUUUUUAUGGCAGAAUUGUGUUUUGAGAAUUGUGCUUGUCAGUAUUCUGACGAUUUCCAUUGAAGCCGUUGGUAAAAAUAAAAGCAUCAGAUCAGCUUUUUGUAAUUGUUUGUAAAGUAGCCAAAAAUUAAUAAUUUGUAUUAUUGUUAUAUGGUUGUCUGUCUAAUUGUGAAAAUCCUCAAAAGUGUGUUACUGUGGGCAUAAACACAACAGGAAUAUGUGAUUUGUUUGAGUAACAAUGAAAAUUUGAUACUGAUGAAUAAAUUCUGAUAAAAUACUAUGAGGCUCACAAUGUUUCAAUAAAAUUAAGUUACAAUA